AUGCAGCUAGCAGCUCUCUCUCUGCUUCUCUUGCUGAAUUCUCUGGAUUUUGGUUUUGCUCGAGUUUCCCCCAAAAGAUCUCAGUUCUUUAAAUACGACAGUUUCUCUGUGAGCUGCCAGGACGACGGGGAAGAGGAAGAGGAAGAGGAGGAGGAGACGGCGUGGACGGUGAUGAAGAGGAUGCAGGACGGAGAGGUGCGUCCCUGUUCGUCCUCCUGCUCCGUCUCCGCUGCGUUCCCCGCCACAGACAGCGGAGAGUACUGGUGUCAGAGCGGAACCACAGGAACCAGUAACAGCGUCAACAUCACCGUCACUGGUGGUCCAGUGAUCCUGGAGAGUCCUGCUGUCCCUGUGAUGGAGGGAGACGCUGUGACUCUGAGCUGCAGAACCAAGUCGACCUUCUCCUCCAACAACAUCUCAGCAGAUUUCUAUAAAGACGGCCUCUUCAUCAGCAGCAGCUCUACAGGAGAGAUGACCAUCCACAGUGUUUCUACAUCUGAUGAAGGACUCUACAAGUGUAACGUCUCUGGAGGUGGAGAAUCUCCAGACGGCUGGUUGGCUGUCAGAGCGCCACCUGCAGGCUGGGAUCCUCCACCUCCCCUGCUUUCUGUUUUCACACUGGUUCGCUACCUGGUGGUGGCGUCUCCGUACCUGCUGUGCACCGUCUUACUGGGACUCAUUUACAGGGACAGAGCGAGAGCGCAACAUGCCAUCAAAGCAACGGCAACAUCUAAUGAUGUCAUAAUGGAAAUCGCUGCAUGACAACCAGUGACAUCAUCAGGAGGAAGCGGCGUCUUCAGACUCGAGCAAAAAUAAAGAAAACAAUUUAAUGUUUAAUUACAUUCUUAUUUUAUUUUUUGUCUGUUUAUUGAUGUUGUCGUUUGUUGUAAUUUUGAACAUUAUAUUUAUGUUUGUGUGUUUGUCAACACAUGCACAAAAAUACACCCGUUUCAAUAGUUAUCAGUCCAUUAAACAGCAGUUAUCGGCUGUAAUGAACAUCGUACAUUUGGCUCCACCUGCUAGUGCAGAAGGUUGUUAUACGCCCAUUAAAUCAGCUGUUCUCAACCUUGGGGUCGGGACCCCAAUUGGGGUCGCGAGAUGAUUUCUGGGGGUCGCCAAAUCAUUUUGGAAGUCAGCUCUGUCUCCACUGUGUUAAAGUGUUCAUGUGUUAAUGUGUUUUAGUCUUUUUGGUCACUUAAUGUCUUUUUUUAGUCAUUUUGUGU